GCUGUCCUGGAACUCACUCCUGUAGAUCACAGGCUUGAACUCAGAGAUCCACCUACCUCUGCCUCCCAAAUGCUGGGAUUAAAGGCGUGGGUCACCACCACCCGGCUUAUUUUUCUUUUUUUAAUUGUGGUACUAUACACACUCUGCUGUGUACCCAUUUGUUUAUUUAUUUUCAACCAAGCACAGUCACAUUGUUCCGAGAUUAAUCUUCGGAACCAAUCUUACAAAAUGAAACCACCCCUAGGAAAACUCCCGCUUCCCUUCCCAGCCCCUGGCAGCCUCCCUUCUCCUUUCUGUUGUAUGGGCUCUUUUUAUAACCCUGCUGCGUUUCCAUGGUUGUUCUGGUAAUGGCUAUUUGCUUUCUUUUCGAGCCUUGACCGGAAGUUUCCUCUGGACUUCUGCUGCCUGGCGUGUCCCUCCCAAGGGUCUCCAGGGAAUCUGACCCUCACAAUGACUUCCUUUGCCCCUGCUCUGGUGGGCUUCAUCAGCUACCCACGGCUGCCUGUCACCCAUAGGGACUUCACUCUCUCCUAGCAGCUGAGCCCCUAGAGCCAAUAGACCCCACCUGAGAUGUCUUCUUUUGCUUGCCGGAGCCUGCGUAUAACCCUUCUUGCCCUGCUCUGCUGCUCAGGGUCUGGUGAGAAGGCGUUCGAGGUCCACGUAUCAUCCGAGGAGCAGAUAGUAGAAGCCACAGGCUCUUUGAAAGUCAACUGCAGCACGAGCUGUGAGAAUCCGCAAGUGGGUGGUCUGGAGACCACCUUGAGUAAGAAAGUGUUGGAGGAGCACCCUCGAGGGAAGUGGAAGCAGUUCUUAGUCUUAAAUAUCUCCCAAGACGUGAGCCUCCUGUGCCACUUCACCUGUGAGGAGAAACAGCAUUCAGAGCAUCUCGACGUCAGAGUAUACAAGCCUCCAGCUAAGGUCACACUGAAGCUGCAGCCCUCGCAGGUGUUUGUGGGAGAAACCUUCACCAUUGAGUGUACGGCAGAAGCCGUGAAGCCCCUUGAGAGCCUCACCCUCAGCCUGCUCCAUGAAGGACAGACCCUGCAGAACCAGACCUUUGAGGGAACUGAAAGUAAGGCCAUAGCCAUAUUCAACAGGACAGCUCUAACAAAGGAUAGCCUCAACUUAUCCUGCCAGGCUGUGCUGGACCUACGGCCCCAUGGGGGGCACAUCAUCAGCAACAUCUCAGAGUUCCAGAUCCUCGUAGUCAACGAGCUUACGAACGAUCCGAUAAUCAUCAUAAUCAUAGUGGUGACAAUACUGCUGGUCUUAUUUGUGACAUCGGUCCUACUCUGCUUUAUCCUCGGCCAGCACUGGCACAGGAAGCGGACGGGCACCUACGGGGUGCUGGCUGCCUGGAGGAGGCUGCCCCGAGCCUUGCGGCAACGUCCUGGGUGAGCCGAUGUUCCCAGGCCUCUGGUGGCUGCUGGAAUUCAACAUGGCGCCUUCAGGGUAUGGUCCAGCACUGGCUGAAGGACUCUGGCCGUGGCACAAGACACUGGGGACAUUUCCUUUCUUCUUAACCUCAAUACAAAUGCCUGGAUUUCA